UAUUUUAACACAAAUUGCAAUUUAGCCCCUCCCUCCUAUUUUCAAUCUUUCCCCGUUUCUUUUUCCCCCUUCUAUCCGAGAGUCCGCCCGCCCAGCCGCUAACGCUGCCGACGCCACCGCCGACAAAACCCCUCGCGCUCCCGACGCCCGACCCAGCCCCUCCCCCCGACGCCGCCGCCUACCCGGGAGGACUGAAUAAAUAGCUAAGCUUUGAAGAUUAUUAUGGCUGAAAAGCAACAGCACGAGCCGCAGCAUGCCUCUGAUCCACAACUGCAGUCUUCUCCUGCUUCGAAGGAGGACAUGAUUUCCUAUGUGAUGGCCUUGGAAGCUGCUUUGUUGCCUUGCCUGCCUGCAAGGGAACUUCAAGCCAUCGAUCGAUCUCCCCAUCCUUCACAUCAAAUUGAUGUUGAGAGGCAUGCUAGAGAUUUCAUGGAGGCAGCCAAAAGGAUUCAGCUAUAUUUCAUUAGUUUGCAACGCGAAGAUCAACCAACCCGAGUAGAAAAUCUUCGGAAGGAGAUAGGUGUGUUGGAGGAAGAGUUGAGAGUGAAGGGUGAACUAAUCAAGAAGCAAGAGAGGUUAAUUCAAGGAUGGAGGGCAGAGUUGAAGAACCAAUUAGACAAACACAAUACGGAGCUGGAGAGAGUGUAAUACAUUUCUGUACUAAUAGUUUGCAACACGUUUAUGCAUUUCUGUAAUUCUAAAUUUAGGGAUAUUGCUGAAUUCAUUUUUGUAAACAUUGAGGAUGGCUAAUGUUGAAAUGACAUUAGAAUUCUAAAUCAAGGAUUUGCGUAGUGCUAAUGGAAUGUUAUAUAUUUGUAUUAUUA